CGGGCCACAGUCUUCCCCGAGAGUUAAACAAACACGAUCUAAAGCUCGGCGACUUUAGCACGGCUCUUAUCGCGCGCCUGAUGAUAGUUUUUGUUGUUUGUGCUGUGAGUGAUUUGUGCAAUUUGUGGUGACCGAAUUGAAAGAGGAGGAGAGUGGUUUUUUUGAAAGGGAUGCGAGGGUAUCAAUAUUGAAUAUGUUCCAUUCUGGUACGGGAGGAAGCGGCGGAUAUCACGGCGAUGGAGGUACGACGUUUCACCAGCACCACCUGCAGCAGUCCCCCGUCUACGUGCCGGGCAGCAGAACGAUGUCGCAGUACUCCUCGGCGGCCGGCGGUCACUUCGGCGCCCCGGCCCACCAGUCGAGCUGGGCGCAUACGGCGGCCGGCGGUUACGGCGACGUCACCGGCCCGUCGCCUCACGCCCUGGGCGCGUCCUCGCAUCACGGACUGGCGGCGGGUCAGUUUUACGCGCAGAACAUGAUGAUGAGCUCCUGGAGGGCGUACGACGCCAGCGGCUUCCAGAGGACGUCGCCGUAUGAUAGCAUGGAAUUUCAAUUCAGCGAGGGGAGGGAGUGCGUCAACUGCGGCGCGAUUUCGACGCCCUUAUGGCGAAGGGACGGAACGGGGCACUACCUCUGCAACGCAUGCGGCUUGUACCAUAAGAUGAACGGCAUGAAUCGGCCACUCAUUAAACCUUCAAAACGACUGACAGCAACGAGAAGGUUGGGACUGUGCUGUACGAACUGCGGCACUCGAACGACAACCCUCUGGCGUCGCAAUAACGACGGCGAACCCGUCUGUAACGCGUGCGGUCUUUACUUUAAAUUGCACGGUGUAAAUCGGCCUUUAGCGAUGAGAAAAGAUGGUAUUCAAACACGCAAACGUAAACCGAAGAAGCCGGCGGGAGGCGAACGGGAUGACAGCGGCGCGGCCUCCCGUGACGAAUCGAAGGCAACAAUAAUUCAACAAAAUUCGUCACAAAACUCCACUCACGCCCACAACACCCAUCAUCAACUGGACCAUCACAGCACAUCAAAAAAUUCCAUGGAGGACCGGCCGUACCUGGGACAAACCUCGUUGCUAUCGUCGUCAACGGCGAACACGAUAAAAAGCGAGCCAGGCUACGAGUACAGCUGCAUCCAAAACCAGCCGUACCCUUUCCAGCAGGUCUUCGGUUUUGGAACGACGGGAAAUACGACAGACAUCCCCUACCACCAUCAGCACCACGUGACGGCCGCCGCGAAGUUGAUGGCUUCCUCAUAGUCCGUUGAAUUACCCCGUCGUUAAAACACUGUACAUAAUCAUUAAAAACGUUUAGUAAUUGUUAAUCGUGAUCACUGAAUAUUGUUCUCGUUUUGUGAUCGUAGCCCUAGAUCCUAUUUAUUAUUGCCAUUUACGUAGAGAUUUUUCAAAAUAUUUAGCUUUAUACCUGUACCAGUGAAUAAAUGACACAAUCGUGCAAUAAGCUUUUUAAAAAAUCAAAUUGUGGUUCCUAUAAUUUCUUGUAUUUUUUUAAAAUGUCCAACGUCUUCGCUUUUAUUUUCGUUUGAUGGCACAAAAAGUACACGUUUUAGUAUUAAGGUAUUAUUGAAA